GCAGCAUCUGACUGUCCGAGACCCAACAGGCUGUUUGUAUGGAGAUAAUGGGCACUGCCUAGUAGCAAUGCGUUAAUUGCUGGAGGAACGAGGAAGAAUUUUGUAGGAGCAACAUAUCACCAUAUCUCUUCGCAUAAACUUGGGUCGGUAUUUAAUUCCUGACUUCUGAGUCCACCGGUUUGGUGAGAGUUAUGGGUGGGCUGGGAAACGGGCGUCGAGGAGGACGGUCGCCCCCUCUGAUGAUCGGCGCUCUGAUUGCCUGUAUUUUGGUUUUGGGCUUUAACUACUGGGUGUCCAGCUCCCGCAACCUGGAACUACAGACCAAGCUGUAUGAGCUGGAAGGCCAGGUGCGCCGAGGAGCAGCAGAGCGAGGAGUAGCAGAGCUGAAGAAGAAUGAGUUCCAGGAGGAAAUUCAGAGACAGAAGGAGCAGAUAAGCCACAUCGAAAGCCUCUACAAGAGACAGCUGGAAGGAGUACAGAACACCUGCAGCCAAGAAAAGGGUAUACUGCAGCAGAACAUUACCUCCAGUACCAAAACCCUACAAGAACUCAAAGGUCAGGUGAAUCAGCUAAGUGACGACCUUGUGAAGCUUCAGAAGGAAUUGCAGAGUUGCCAAGGAAACAUCCAAUCCCUUAACAACAAACUCACUUAUGAUAUGACCCAUUGUAACUCCCAGGUCCUGUCCCAGAAGGAGCUGUGUGAUGAGAGGGUGGCAGCUGCGAAACUUGAAGUUCAGAAGAAAAUGGAGAAACUCAUUGUUUCUCAAGGGGUCACCUCACCAAAGGAAAAUGUUGUGGAUGGAGCAACCAAUACUGGGGCAGAAACAGUUAAGACAGCAACUGUUGUGAGCCACACACCAGGCCUCUCUCAGUCGAAAGAAAAAGAAACACCUGAACUAUUGACCAACGAGAUCAUUGUAGACAGAGCUGCUGAUUCUCUGAACCAGGCCACAGCGAAGGAUUUUUCAGUUCCUUCAGCUACUGCAGGGAAGCAGGACAUUUUGUCACCACCAGAGGGAGCUGUUGCUACGGAGGAGGGUGAGGCGGAGGCCGGUAAACUUGUGAAGAACAACCUGACUGAGGAUAAAGAGGUGGAAGUGAUGGAUGCUCAUGAAGAAGGCGCUCAGGCAGAAGAGGUUGACCCUGGCAUGGAGGGCAUGCUUCUCAGCCAGGCUAAGGCAGAUGAGUCUCCUGGUCAGAAACUGGAUGAGCAAGAUGAAUAUGAUGCAGAAGAACAAGUCGGUGGAGUUGACCUGGAGAAGCAGCAGCAGGCUAAACGUGCUGAAAAUAUUGACAAGGAGAUGGAGGAGGAGCUGGCUGACUAUAACGGGGACGAUGAGAAUGAAGGCGAGUUUGAAGCAGACAAACAGGCUGAGCUUGCUCAAGUCUAAGGUCUGGAGAAGAACCCGGCACACUCCAGCCAUCGCCACAUUAGAAAUGAACUGAUUGUUCAUCUCAGCACAACAACAGGUUAAAACAUCUCCCCAGACACAGUGAGCACACAAAACAAUCAACAUGGAAACUUCUGCCUGAGAGACUCUUGACACUGAGCUCUGGGGAUUCAUUUAACAAGCAUUUGCAUCAUAUAAUGGCGUUUCAUUUGUCUUCCUACUUGCAUUUUGCAUAUUUGAGUUAUUACCAUUGAAGAUUUUUUUUUAAUUUGGAGCAUUAGUUAGAAUUUUAACUUUGUACACAGUUAUCAACAUUGUGAAACACCAACAAAAACAAAAUUAUUCUAAUGUACUUUGAAAUUGCCUCUUUGUACUCCUAUGGGGUUAUGGCCUCAACUUUAUCAAGACUUGACACCCAAUAACUUGAAUCUCAUCUAUCCUGGGAGACAGUUGAUUAUAAAAAGUGAGUACAUAUAUUGAUUAUGUUCACUCUUGAAACCCAAAUGCAGUAUAAUGUGUGGACCCUUGUAGGGUUAUGGUGGAUGAAUUUUCCUGAGUAUUUCCUGCUGUGUUCCCACAUCAGCUCACCCAGAUUUUUGCAGAAAUGCUUUCUAGUGGACUGUCAGGAAAAAGGUCCAGAUUUAGACAGGGUGAAUGAUAUUUCAGUUUGCAUUUAUACAUGUAGUUUACCCCAAUAUUUGAAACAUUUCCAGGAGUUCUGCACACGUGUAAAGGCCAUGGGUUUAUGUCCAGGAUUUGUAUCUCUAGAAAAUGUGUCAGCAGAUGCAAAUAUGCUUCUCUCUGCAGCAGAUGAAAAUGUAGUUAGACUGCUUGUAGUGCAGUUAUGUCAUUUUGAUGUAGAAGUCAGUUAUUCACAUGGGAAGGUGAAAACAAAAACUUUGCAUGUACAUAUAUAAGACAAAAAGUUUUUUUUUAAAAGUCAUGAAGUAACAAGGUAAAACUUCAGCAUUAAUAGCUGAUAAAACUUGUCAAUUGAUAUUGACACCUGGAUUAUGUUUUAAAAUCACAUUUCCUUUAAAAUCAUGGCUAAGCAGCUGUGUUACAUCUUUACUGCUUGUUGCUUUAAAUUUUCUUCAGAUUCUUCUGCGGAGUUGAAGUUUUAAAUUUAGUUGAGGAAGCACAGAGCCUUUGGGGUUGCUGUACUUUUUGAAGGACAUUUUAUUAAAGCAGGAACUAAGUGUGAUGAUUUAGGGCACCUGCUAAUCCAGUUGAUGUGUACUGCUUCUAGGUGAGGUGAAAUUUGCUCCUUAAGCUUCAAAAUGCUCUAGCCUGGACAUAAUGUGGCCAAGUGCAAACUGAGGUUGUCAAAAUGUACAAUAUUUUAACACAAUGUAAACUCAGUUAUAUAAUGGCACUGUUUAAAGUAGAUUUUAAUAAAAGCUUUCCUACAAUAAAACAUCAGAUCUUAAGAUCUAUCUAAGCCAGAUUUUAACCCAUAGUUGCUGUAGAGCCAACAGGGAGAGCAGGGUCGGUUUUUUUUUCAGAGUCAGUGGUCAAAUGAAUAUUUUCACAUGUCUUUUGUCGUGGAUUUUUUGUUUUUGUCUCUUACAGAGAGCACUGUCUAAAUUUAGCAAAUAUGAUGGCAGUUAGAGAUGUGAACUUUUAAGUAUCUCAUAAUUUGAUUCAGAUUCUAGAUCUGGGGGUCAGAAUUUGAUUCAGAAAUGGUUUUCCAUUCAAACCGAUUCAAGACAUCUUCCCCACUUCUCAUAAAGACGUGAUUAUUUCAGCAUGUACUCCAGUCUGCUGUGCACUAAGGAGCUGUAACUUGUUUGACAUUAAAAAGCUUUGUAAAAUGUGUUAAAGAUAAUGAAUUUUUUAGCAUAUUCGUAGCAUUUUUUAGUCGGCUAAUUACUGUAAUAAAAAGAUGGCAGUAAUUUGUAUUUAAAUUUCAGAACAAUUUAAUAUGAGUAAAAUGUAUGGGCUUGAGCAGGACACUAUUUUAUCAGAAACUUGCCGGUGGAUAAAGUAAUCAUAAAUUUAAAGCCUGAUGACAUGGUCCCACAACUUGCAGUAUAAUAAAAUGCACACCACCUGUAGAGCUUCACAUCUGAUGUAAAGGUUUAGCCAUUAAAUACCAUCAAAAACCAUCAAAGCCAACAGCAGACAAUAUUGUCAGUGAAGAUGUUUAUAUGAAACAGCAUGAUUUUCUUAGGAUUUUCUCUAUUUAGAUGCACAAAGAGAAGCAAGCAGAGCAUUGUAGAUCAAAAAUUAGUUUGCCUGAAACUUUGUGGGAAUUCUCUUGAAGCUUAGCCGGUGUAAUCAAAGAAUCAAUGUGCUAAAAUGGGUAAACCAGUAGUAAGAAUUAAUUAUUUUUAAAGCUUUGACUUGUGGUCAGACAAAGAAGUUUAAUGCACUCCAUUGAAAUAUGUGUUUGGAAGGCAAUAGAAACUGACCUGAAACCACAUGGUCUAACUCGAUAUCUCAUGUAAAAUUAAUUGAUUUCUCCUAAAAACUCAAUAUAUUAUCCAGCCCUGCUUUCACAGUUUAAAAAUGCUGAAAUGUUUGUUAGAUCCAAUUUUCAUUUGUUUCCAAUAAAAGCUCAUAUUAGUAGCUCAUACGUCAAGGAAAAUGCUCACUCCCUGAGUUUAUCACUUUUUUAUGAAAGUUUUCUUAAUGUUUGUCUGUACUUGUGUCAAAAAAUGUACACAUGGGCAUGAGGAAUAUUCAUAACAAGAGAUGUAAAGUAAUGCAAUAGUUCAAAGUUCCUGAAGGGAAGAAACCCUUUAAAAAUGACUACAACACCAGUGUAAAACAAUGAAUCUGGAGUUGAAUGUAUAUGACGGCAUCUUUUCCUCCUCUUGGUCAAUCUUGCAAGGAAAAUGUUUGUGAAAUAUUUUGUAUUUUGUGAUUUUAUGUUCAAAGCUGCUGUUAUUUGCUGUCUUUGUGAUUCUGCAGAAAUUUGGACAAAUUCUGCUCUUCGUUUUGUCAGAAAGCUUCAGCUGCCGUUUUGUGUAUAAAGUCCAAUUUUCCUUGAUACUAGAGAGAUUUUUUUUAAUAUAAAUUGAUUCAUUUAUUUCUGUUGAUAACUUGUUUUUUUUAUUUUCAAUCUGAACUGCUGAUUAAUUUGUGAAAGGAUUAAAUAAUCAUGGUCUUUACCGAAGGAAGACAAUAAAAAUUGUUUUUAUUACUAUGA